UUUGUUUAAGACUCUGGGCCCCACUUGAGAGUCUAAAUUUUGAAUUCUAAAAUUCAUAUUUCUUAUCUAAUUUUUUAAAUUUUAUGUUUAGUAAGCACUAUACUAUGGAACUGGGACAGUUGAACGCCGACGCAAAUGUUGAAAUAGAGGGGAGAGUUAAAUAUCUAAAGACGAAGAUGAUUAGUGGAGCGAAGAUCGUUCAAAAUUUUGCUUUGACGGGGUCUGACGGACUUCAGAUACUCUCCCAUUUCCCCGUGGAUGAAACAGAAAUGUUAAAGAAUGGUGAUGAAAUCAAGGGGGCUGCCUCGAAAAAGGGGCAAUAUCUUACAUUACGUGUAUGGAUCGUAACUAGUUCUACUGAUAAUAUUCCCACCCCACCCUCCAAAAGAAAGAAAACUGUCUCUCGGCCUGCUAUAAGCAGAGGGAAAACUUUACCAAAUCAGGCGCCGAGCGAGCCGGCAACCAGUUCAAAGAAGUCGAUUAGGAAAGUACCAACGGAUCUGGCUUCUCUACUGGAUUUAGACUUUGACUAACGACCCUACCCUAAUCUGAUUUAGUGACGACACUAUUAUUUAAAAAAUGUAUUAGACCACCAAUAAACAUUUCAUACCAUGAUUUAACUUUGACCCUCCCAAGACCAUUGAUUUGUGUCAGAAUAUAGUUUAACCCGUUACUAAUAUUUAAAUUAUUCACUCUUUUCUUGUGUUCUUCCUCAGGUAUCAAUCGACAUCCAUCGCAUCCAAUCUCCAUUCUUUGAGUAUCAAUACCCUCCAGUGAGUUAAAGCAUAUUGGACAAUUGUCAACGUGAGAUGAAACCAUGUUAACGAGUAUAGGAUACCCAUCCUUGUAGGAAUAUUCCACUUGUACUUCUUCUCCCACUUUGAAGGGAAUCGCGGUACUGGAUCUAGUACUUCCAGGUUUCUUUAACUGUACGGUAUCCCAAACAUUGAACUUAAUCAAUCUUGUCUUGAAUGGUAUAUUCGUUGAGAUCGUCAAGCGAGUGUAUCCUUUUGUAUUUGGAUUAAUUUCACAAAUCAAUCCAUAGUUGUUGAAGAGUGCCAUGUUUGAAACGUAACCAAAGUUCUGUAUCAAGAAAUGAGCUCUCUACAUUCCAACUCGAUUUAUAUAGGCGAGUCACUGGGCAUUGAAUUCAUGAAGACCUUAAAACAAUUGCGUAACAUGUACUUGUUUUCAUUUGCCAUCUGAGUAACAUCUGAUAAGUUCAGCUCUUCUCGUAUUGCUUGCAAAACUAUAUUUUCAUGGAUAUUGAUGAUAUCUUCAUAACUCUUACUCUGAGCUGAUAUCAAAAUAUCAAACAUAGGGAGUACUCUUUUUCGAAUACGGUAAAUGUCAAACAUAGUUAUAACUUUGGUUCUUUGAUAGUAUGAAAGCUCAGAGUGAAGCUCAUUCAGAAAUUCUGAUGGUGAGUUGACAAAGAACUCUUGGAAAUAUUGUGUGCUGGUCUGCAUCUUUAAUCGGUCAAGGUUGGAACUCUAAGUUCUUAUAUAUCAUGCCUCCCUUCAAUCAAAAUGAACUCUGGAUACUCUGAAAAGUAGCACCCAUCUCCAAACCUCCUUUCGAGUAUUUAUCAUAAGAGAAUAUGACACUCAACCUAGACCUAUAACCGAUACUACCAGGAAAGUUUACGAGAUGCAACUCUUAAACCUUAGUAGCAAAGUCCGAUCUUCUAGAUCGGUGAGUAAAAUCCAAGUUGAAAACUGAGCCGAGUCAUGAUUGCAUCUGUAUGGGUACAAAGGAUGACAUAUCAAAACCUGUUGAUCGAACAAAGGAAUUAUAUAGUUUUGAUGAGUUGCACUUGAAAUAUCUUAUCGAUCAAAUUGGAGAGAUUAAAAUUGUUGUUGAUUCUGUUGACCUAAGACUCUAAGAGACAUUGGAAACUCAGAAAUUCUGAUGGUGAGUUGACAUAGAACUCUUGGAAAUAUUGUGAGCUGGUCUGCAUCUUCAAUCAGUCAAGGUUGGAACUCUAAGUUCUUAUAUAUCAUGCCUCCCUUCAAUCAAAAACUUUCUAUUCAUCCAUCUGUAUUGGCCCAACACCUCGAUCGUUUCUGCAACAGCAUUAGAACAUUGUGGUGCAUGUAGGUGUUGGCUUUUAGUGUUAUGAUUGUACUUUGUAACACAGUAUGGGUAGAUGGGUUCAUUUCCAAAUAUUUCCGUUUGCUUAAAUCGGACAGACUUCUUAGUUUUUUUAGUUGAUGUCUUUUUCAGUAUUGAUGUUCCUGGAUACCAUGUCUGUGGAAGUUCUAUAUCAAGCAAAAAGUAUUCACUCCUAUUAUCAGCACAUUUAUGAAGGGUGGGUGCUUCUUUUCCUUGCAUGUGUAAGAACAAUCGCUUUUCAAACUUUUUGCGACGACGUUCACAAAUUGUUAGAACCUCAUAACCAUAACAGAGUUUUUGCUCUUUCAGCUUUGUGCGCAGAUCUUCAAUUGAUAAAUCACGGAUCUCUUGCAUAUUAGCUCAUAUCAUUCACCUCUAUAAUAUGGUUGCUUGCUGUUAACCACCCUACUACAACAUAAUUUUUACCUACUUUUAAAUUGGGUACUCGAUUAAAAACAAGAGUGUUUUCAAAAAUCCUUGCUCUUAAAAUUCUAUUCUCUUUAAGAUAGAGUAACUCUAAUCUGAAAGCUCUGGUAACCGAAUAACUAUGUACAGCAAGUAAUCUCAUGAUCCC